AUGACGUCAGAGCUAGUACGCAACCGCAGCAGGCGAAAAAGCGACGAUGGUCCUCAUCAGGGAAUACCGUGUUGUCCUGCCCUGCACUGUGGAGGAGUACCAAGUGGGACAGCUGUUCUCCGUGGCCGAGGCCAGCAAGAACGAGACAGGCGGGGGGGAAGGCAUUGAGGUGCUCAAGAACGAGCCCUACGAGAAGGAGGGGGAGAAAGGACAGUACACACACAAGAUCUACCACCUCAAGAGUAAAGUCCCUGCGUUUGUGAGGAUGAUAGCUCCUGAGGGCUCCCUGGUCUUCCAUGAAAAAGCCUGGAAUGCAUACCCUUACUGCCGAACCAUCGUCACGAAUGAGUACAUGAAAGAUGACUUCUUCAUCAAGAUUGAGACGUGGCACAAACCAGACCUGGGGACACUGGAGAACGUGCAUAAGCUGGACCCGGCCACUUGGAAGAGUGUAGAGGUGGUGCCCAUCGACAUAGCUGAUGGGGAACAAGUCGCCCCAGAAGACUACAAGCAGGAGGAGGACCCAGCUCUGUUCAAGUCCUCCAAGACUGGGAGAGGACCCCUUGGACCCAACUGGAAGAAGGAGCUGGCUGUGAAGACCGACUGCCCCAGGAUGUGCGCCUACAAGCUGGUGACCGUCAAGUUCAAGUGGUGGGGUCUUCAGACGAAGGUGGAGAGCUUCAUCCACAAGCAAGAGAAACGCAUCUUCACCAACUUCCACCGGCAGCUGUUCUGCUGGAUCGACAGCUGGGUGGAGCUGACCAUGGAGGACAUCAGGAGGAUGGAGGCAGAGACGCAGAAGGAGCUGGAGGAGAUGCGUCAGAAGGGCUCUGUGCGAGGCACCACGGCCACAGACGAGUAGCCGCUGCCGCCCUAGGUCUGAGCGAGGCUAUCUCCGCAAACACGGCCAAGUCAGAGGAACCAGUGCUGCCAACGACGAAUGACAACAGAAGGAUUAUUUCAAAACGCGACAACUACGACAAGGAUCACCACGACGACGAAGAGUGCGACGCAGACUUCCUGGGCGCCGUCCUCCCCCGGGCGCUCAGGGAGGGGGGGGGGGGGGGGGGGGGAGGUGCCACCGCCCGCCAACGAUCACUAAAAA